AGGGUUGACCGACAAAAUGGAGAAAUGGCGGCAAAAUAUUGAGAUCCAGAGCGCUUGAAGUUUCUGAUUAGUCGGCAUUGGGAUUCACAAGGCCGUUGGCACUUGGCGGUACGUGUUCCUUUUAACCCUCUCCUCUGGUGGAGGCUUUGUUUGAUUGAAUAGUCAAACGAGGAGGGAGGGAGGUAGGGUAGCCUGCACUUUUCUCAUCAAUUUAACAGUUUUUGUGUCUUAGGUCACAUGUGAUGUGCGAUUUUGUUUUUUAAUAUGGUUGGGACCUAAGAAAGGGAAAGUAUAAUUUAAUGAAAAGAAAAGAACAGAAUAAUCUACUGUUCAACUUUUCACCUCAACAGCGAAGUUUCGCUGGAACAACAAGGAAUUGUAACGACCAGGCAUCACGCGGCCAAGUUAAAACCAAAUAUACAUAUAUUUUAAUCAUUACACAUAUAUAGUUUCGCUUUCAUUAAAUGUUUUAAAAAGGAAGAAUUUCUGUAGCCUUAAUUUCAUCAGAGAUACCAAAAAAAGGAAAGUUUUAAAGCUAAGAAAAUGAAAAAUUGGUUACAGAGUGGGAGAAAUUGAAUGAAUUCGUGAGAAAGUUGGAAAGAAGAUUCUGAGGGCGGAAUGGGAUUUGGUAAAUUUCCAGUAGUGGGACAUCCCCAAACCUGGGUACAAGGAAGUCACUGCCAAUUAUUGCGAAUUCCGGAAUUGCGAAUAACCGACACCAAUACGAUACGUGUGGGCCCCCAUCUGUCAUGUUAUUCUUCUUCUUCCAGUUCGCAUGGCUUUUGUUUUGUUUUGUUUCAUAUUAACCAAUAACAAAUUCGAAAACCCAAAAAGAAAAGAAAAUAAAAUUAAAAUUUAAAAAAAAUGAAAUUUGAAAUUAAAUAGAAGAAACUGAAUGCAGUUAGUUUUGCAGUGUGCAUUUGCAACCACUGUCUAACGAAUCCCUCGGAUCAGAGUUUGGGGGAUCACCAAUGCCGUUAUGCAUUUAUACGCGGUUUAGCUAGAGAUUGAAUCCACCAUUCUAACCACAAUGCCCUCGUAAACGAUCUUCCAAGGCCACGACGAUCCCCCGCUGCAAACCCCUCCGGCGACGCCCUCUUUCUCCUUCAUUUCUCUUCGUCUCAUCCCAAUAUUUCCCUUUCUGCUGCAUUGUAUACGGUGGGCACGAACUCAUCUUUUUUCGGCUCUCAUUCUUUCUCAAAAGCGUCAAUUCUCGAAUUCCAUUCUCAAAUACCCAGAUCGGAAGUUGGAGAAUUCUCAUUACCCGGGAUUAGUUUCUUACCCAAGCUACACUUUUAUAGCUUUUAUUCUUUGGUUCUUGGAUUCUUUGAAGCAAUGUCGCAGAACAUACUGGUAACGGGAGGCGCAGGGUAUAUUGGGAGUCACACUGUGUUGCAAUUGCUGUUAUCUGGUUACAGAGCUGUUGUGGUUGAUAAUUUGGACAAUUCUUCCUCUGUUGCUAUCUCAAGAGUUAAGGAGCUUGCUGGUGAACAUGCCUCCAAUCUUGAUUUCCACAAGAUCGAUCUUCGUGACAAGCCUGCACUUGAAAAGCUCUUUGCCUCCAUGAAAUUCUAUGCUGUUAUCCAUUUUGCUGGAUUAAAAGCAGUUGGUGAAAGUGUGCAGAAGCCUUUGAUGUAUUAUGACAACAAUAUUACUGGUACAAUUAUCCUUCUGGAAGUCAUGGUUGCCCAUGGAUGCAAAAAUCUUGUGUUUUCAUCAUCAGCAACUGUUUAUGGUUCACCAAAAGAGGUUCCAUGCACAGAGGAACUCCCCCUAAGUGCUUUAAAUCCUUAUGGCCGAACCAAGCUCUACAUCGAAGAAAUAUGCCGUGAUGUGCACCAAUCAGACCCUGAAUGGAAAAUCAUAUUGCUGCGAUACUUCAAUCCAGUUGGUGCCCAUCCUAGUGGUCAUAUUGGUGAAGAUCCAUGUGGAAUCCCAAACAAUCUUAUGCCCUUUGUUCAACAAGUUGCUGUUGGGAGGCUGCCAUCCCUGAAAGUUUUUGGAAACGAUUACAAAACAAAGGAUGGCACAGGGGUACGUGAUUACAUUCAUGUUAUAGAUUUGGCAGAUGGUCACAUUGCUGCUGUGAAGAAAUUGGCAGAUCCUUCCGUAGGCUGUGAAGUAUACAACUUGGGAACUGGAAAAGGUACAUCAGUUUUGGAAAUGGUAACAGCAUUCGAGAAAGUAUCAGGAAAGAAAAUUCCACUGGUGAUGGCUGCCCGGCGACCUGGUGAUGCUGAAAUUGUGUAUGCAGCAAACGGGAAAGCAGAACGGGAAUUAAAAUGGAUGGCAAAAUAUGGCAUUGAAGAGAUGUGCCGAGAUCAGUGGAAUUGGGCAAGCAAAAAUCCCUAUGGUUAUGAGAAAUCUGCCUGAAUAUGGUGGCAUCGCCGGCUAUUGUUAGACAUUAGAAAUAUGGGCGGAGGGAGGAAACUGAGAGGAGGAAUGCUUCAUAUUUCUUUCUUUUCUUUUUUUCUUUCCCUAGCCUGAUGAUAGUUCAAUUCUUUUCCAAUUCAAUUCAAUUCAUUCAUUGAUUAGUUAAGUGACAUGCAUAAAUAAUAAAUAAAUAAAUAGAAUAUAUAGUUGAGUAUUGAUGCGUGUCGCGGCAUAAUAACUUAUUGUCUUCAACCACUUUUAUCUAUAUCCAAAAAUUUUGGUGCA